CAGCGAGACGCCGAGGUCCUCCGGACAGGCGGCGAGGCGGGAAGGGAGGCCCCGCCCCUCGCCCCUCAUGAAUAUGCAGCAGGAGCGUCCCCGGCGACCAAUGGGCAGAGGGCGGAACAUGAAUAUGCGAUGAAGCCGGGGCCGCGGCCCUUGUCAUGCGGGCCCGGCAGGCGGCGGGAAGCGGCGGCGGCGGCGGCGGGGUGCGGGCCGCAAGAUGGCGACCGCCAUGUACCUGGAGCACUACCUGGACAGCAUCGAGAACCUGCCCUGCGAGCUGCAGCGGAACUUCCAGCUGAUGCGGGAGCUGGACCAGCGCACGGAAGAUAAGAAAGCAGAAAUUGACAGUCUUGCAGCAGAAUACAUCGAAUCAGUGAAGAACAUGUUACCUGAGGAGCGAGUGGAACACCUGAAGAAAAUCCAGAGUGCCUACAGCAAAUGUAAAGAGUACAGCGAUGAUAAAGUUCAGCUGGCCAUGCAGACGUAUGAGAUGGUGGAUAAGCAUAUCCGCCGGCUGGAUGCAGACUUGGCGCGGUUUGAAGCAGAUCUGAAAGAUAAACUGGAAGGCAGCGACUUUGAAAACCCUGGAUCGCGAAGCCUGAAAAAGGGACGAAGUCAGAAAGACAAAAGAGGCUCUCGCGGUCGAGGCAGGCGAACGUCUGAAGAAGAUACACCAAAGAAAAAGAAACUCAAAGGAGGAUCUGAGUUUGCUGAUACCAUCCUGUCAGUGCAUCCCUCGGAUGUCCUGGACAUGCCAGUGGACCCCAACGAACCUACCUACUGCUUGUGUCACCAGGUGUCCUAUGGAGAGAUGAUUGGCUGUGACAAUCCAGAUUGCCCAAUUGAGUGGUUCCACUUUGCUUGUGUGGACCUCACCACCAAACCAAAAGGGAAAUGGUUUUGUCCUCGUUGUGUUCAGGAGAGAAAAAAAAAGAAGUAAGGAGUAGAGGGGAAUAUAUCCUCUGAGGCAAGAAGAAUUUAAUAUAUUCAUUCAUGUUGCAAUAUUAUCUUUGAUUAUUUUUUUUUGUUUGUUUCACCUACCCUCCUUCUUUUUCUGGUGUGAUAUUUAAUUGUCCAGUGGCCAGUUGUAAUUCCUGUGCUUUCAUAACAAAAUGACUUUGGGAGGGAGUCCCAAAUCCCUUUGCCGCAGGGGUUUUAUUUAUGUUACACUUGGACAGCACUGAAAUCGGUGUUACUAUGAAGUGCUAAGGCAGCCAGUGGCCGUAGCCUCUGCUACUUUAUAGGAGUCUGUGAAAGGCAUUGCAGGAGAAAGAAAUACCUGUAUCUUCAGCGUGGUGCAUCGCCACCAUGGAAAUAGUUUAGGCCUGGAGCUUGGUGUGGCAGAGGAGAAGGAAUUUUUCUCUGCUAGGCUCCAUUGUUUAGGUGUGAAGACCAUUUGUUGUGCAGUUUUGUAGGACAGAAAGGAACGGGGAAGCCUGUUUCCAGUGUCUGCAUCCUCAAAGCCACGUACCGUGAUUAGUUCUGACAGGGUGGGGAUGGGGAGAGGCAUGAUCCUGCCUUCUCUUCCGGGGAAUUUCUUCUGUCUGCCUUUGCACUGCCUUUAUUUUACUUGCUCUCGCCCCCAUUCACGUGAACCUUAACAUUAGAUUUUUCACCUCCUUCUAGAAAAGGUUUGUCUCUUUGGGGAGAAAAACCUUUAAAUAGCAAAGGAAUUGUCCUGCAGUGUUUCUUAGUGAGAGUAAUAUUGGGAGAGGUCGUUACCUUUCCUGGCUGUUUCCAUUUCUCUGAAGAUCCUUUAAGCACAUUACUGUGAAGAUGAAACCUACAGUAUUCUCACAGAGAUAGAAGGUCGGAUUUAUUCAUGAAAUAAGAUGAAGGCCUGACUUUUUUUACUUGUGUUUGCCUGGGUUGCACCUGGGUAAAUCAGGAAAACGAGCUUUAAGCGGAGGCUCAGUAAGGAUGCUGUGUACCUUCCUGUCGUGGGUUUGUGUAGCAUUUGCUCUGAAGCACUGGUAUUGAAGAAGGCCAUUCAGCAGGAAUGUUUUAAAAUGACUUCUUGUCUUUUUUAAGUGGGGGCACAUUUGCAUGUUCUUGACCUCUUUAAGCUGCUUUUCAGAUUAUGAAUGUGAAUCCUUGCUGCCAUCACAGCGUCAGUUUCUGCAGGGAAGGAAGGAAGAGAAGGAAAUCAGGAGCAGGAAAACGAAAGUCUUCCUGUUUUUUCCUUCCUCUGAGGUAUAGUGGAUGCAGAAGUUGAGGGAAGGGCAGAGACAACUCUUGUCUUAAUAUCUCCUGUAUUAUGGGGCUUACUCACCUACAAUAAAAGAUGUGGGGAAAGGUGGCUUUGCUGGUGGAGGGGAAAAAUAUAGCCCCAAACCAUCCCCCCCCUGCAGCAGCAGGCACCAGAGUUCAUGAACUUCCGUGGCUGUGAUCCCUGGUGGGUGUUGAUGGCAGGGCUGGGUACUACUUUGCAUUCCCAUUGUGCAGGAGCUCUUGGUAUAGACUGCUGGGAAGGCAGUAAGAGACUUCCAGAGAAGCUUUUGUUCUGCUGUAAAAGCAAGCUGAAUAAACAGCACAGAAGGAAAAAAAAAAAAAAACAAAAACAAAAACCAAAACUACUUACAGUCAGAUUUUGGCAACUGUUUCCAAAAGAAAAAAGUCUCUUUUUUUUCCCCCUGUUACACUGACCCUCUUACUCUUGUUUUGCAAUGAAAGAAAGUAGAACACAGCCCUUGCCAAUUUUCCUUCCCCACUUUGCUUAGUUUGGCUUUGUAGGUGCUGCAGGUGUGUCAAGGCUGACAGAGAAGAAACCUUGAUACUCAGCUUUUCCGUGAAUGUUUUGAUUUAUUGCGUCUGCUAUGGGGGAAGGCAAAAAAAAAAAAAAGC